AUGGAAGAAAAGGCGCUGCAGACGCACAUCACGCUCUUGUUUUACCUGAUCGUGCUGUUCUACCUGAAGAAUUUUACCUUUAGCUUCAUGGAUAUGCCUAGAAAGCUGUACAGGUAUAUUAAGAUUUAUUAUUUCUUCUUAAUCAUCCUAACCAUUGUGGGAUUCUUUAGCAGAUUGCUUGUGCUGACUCGAUUGAUUAUCAUUGAGCAGGUGCGGAAAAUUGUGAAUAAUUUUUUUUUAAAAAAUGGCGGCGCCCACUUGAGGACUUCUAAACGAAAUGGCAGGUUGAGGUAUAUUCAGAGGAAUGGUGCGCGUGCUCAUUGGGGGGGUAGUUCCUCUGUUGUGGGUACUGGCGGUGAACGCGCAUGCGGUGACGCUUCUGUUACUAGUGGUGAUGGUUCGGCCAGCAGUGAUGGUGGGGCUGGCAGCGACGUUGCGCUUAGUAGUGAUGGGGGGGUUGGAAGUGACUGCGUUGUUAGUAGCGGUGAUGCUUCCGUCAGCAGUGGGGACAUUUCCGUUAGCAGUUGUGACGUCUCGGUGAGCAGUGAAGGAGGGGUUAGCAGUGAGGGAGGAGUUAGUAACAGUGAGGGAGGUGGAAGCAAAGGUGCACGAGGAAGUAGGCGAGCCAGUAGAGGCCUCCGCAGCUUGUUCAAGUUUAUUCGAAUUAUUAGAAGCAAAAGGAGAAAAUCUGCUGAUGGACGGAAGAGAAACGGAAGAAGGGAUUCACCCAGUGGGGAUGAAGACAACACCACCACGUCUGGGGAUAGAAUCAAAUUUGACAUGAAUACCUUCGAACGACGUGAUGAGUGUGCAAGUGAGGACUGCACUCCUAGCGGCGGAUCCACUGCUUCCGAGGGAGAGUCAAUCAGUGUGAGGAGCGAAGAUAGCAGUGAAGCAGGCAACCCAGUUAGUGAUGGCAGGAAAAGCAGCCUCAAUAAUUUAGAGCAGGCAGAGGAAGAGGCCGACCUGCGCAAUUACCUAACAAAACAAAACUACCUCCGAUUGUAUACCCUCCUGACAGAUGCCCUUUUCAGCCCCAAGAAUAAUCUCACCUUAACAGGUGACAAUUCAACAAUGGGUCUUCAAAAAAAGACUCGCAAAUGUGCUCACUGUAGAAGUGAAUUGAGCUACCCACAGGAGGAUAAACCGAGUGGCAUCACUGGCGAUUAUUGUGCCACUUGUAUAAGGCUGGAGAGGACAUUCCCCAAACCCAUAUUAAAGAAUAGCUCCUCCUACCCACUUUCAAAUAAAAACACACAAAUAAAAAGUAAAGCAAAUAAAAGAAUUCGCUUCAACGCACAAGUAGAAACAUACUACAUUGAAAAGUAUCUGGUAGAAGAUUCAGAUUCGUAUGGGAUGCGUUUGAGUGGAGACAAACGAAAAGGCAUGUGUAAAAUGCUUGGAGAGUACAGCUUGGCUAACACUGAUAUAUUCAGCUACUACAAUAUGAAGAAUAAUGUUAACACCGUCUUUAGUGACCUCGUGAACUUGGUUUGCGACUGCAAGGACAAAAUUACACGCAGGUUUUAG